AUGUCCACCUGGUUGAUAGAUGAACGUGAUUGUUUAUCGGACUGCUGCCUCCAAGUGUGUCCGCUCUUCUCCCCUUGUGUGGCUUUCUCCCUGGUGGCUGACAUGGGCAUCGGGCGGGGGGCUCUAGGUAACUGGACCCUGUCCAUCUGGUGCUUCUGUUUCGCUGUGACUCUCAUCAUCCUCAUGCUCCAGAUUUGGAACCUCACGUCUGAUUUUCCUUCCGUCAGGUACAAAUAUUCCGGCACCUUCGCCUGUUAUGCUGCUCUCCUCUGUCUUUCUGCCUCCAUCAUCGAUUCCAUCGCCUACGUCCAAUUCCCGCCUUAUGGGCCUUACUGGGACCGGGCCAUCGCUGCCACUGUAUUCUCUUGCAUCGCAUUUCUGCUUUAUGCCAUGGAAGUGGGAGUGAUCUGGAGAUUUUUUUGGUUCAAUGAUGUCACCUACUAUGUGCUCACUGUGCCAGGCCUGCUGAAGGUGCUGGAGACCUUCACGGCCUGUGUCAUCUUCGCCUUCAUCAGCAACACCUCCCUGUACCAGGAGCAGCCGGCCCUGAGGUGGUGCGUGGCCGUGUACACCAUCUGCUUCCUCCAGGCCGCCGUGGUCCUUGUGCUGAACCUGGGGGACUGUGAAUACAGGCUGCCCAUCCCCUUCCCCAUUUUCCAGCUGGGGCUCACCCUGCUCUCCGUCCGCCUCUACGCCAGCGCACUGGUCCUCUGGCCUCUCUACCAGUUUGAUGAGAAGGUGGGUGGCCAGCCCCAGCGGUCCAGCGAUGUGACCUGCUCAACUAUGGGUGACCCCAGCUACUACGUGUGCCCCUGGGACCAGCGACUGGCUGUGACCGUCCUGACUGCCAUCAACUUGCUCCUUUACGUGGCUGACCUGGUGUUCUGGUCCUGUCGGGUUUCUGUGGGGACUGAAGAUCCUCCCAGGGGCUCCUGAGUCACUCUUCUCACCAGAGGUAUCUUUCUGGAGUCUGAUGCCCCCUGAGGUCCUCUUCCUGGCUCCCCUCGCU